CGAAAUGGCGGCGGCCACAACCCCUGCCCAACGACAGAUCUAGACUCCUCUAUUUCGCAUGUAAUCAUGCAGGUAAAAGCUUUCACUUUUGCAAAAACUUUGACAAAUAUCACUGGGGCCUCGAUAAUCGUUAAUAAUUGACCCUCUUCGCCCAAUGUUGUGGCAUGCGGUCGAUGGUCAUUGACUAAGAUUAACUUGUCUAUCCGUUUUGUGCGUACUCAUCUGACAAUAUGGGCAAAAUAAUAGGGACCAUGGUGCAGAUAGUCAGCAAAGUUGAUGAAGCAGAUCAGCUGGCAUCUAUCGGACUAGAAAGAGAUGCUGAUGGGUUCAUACGCUGGCGGUCCGACUCACCUGACCAUCCACGGAACUGGUCUACGAACCGCAAAAUCUUCGACACUGUCAUAAUCAUAUUUCUGGAGUUUUAUGUGACAAUUAUCGCUACGACGGGUGCUGCAGUAGCACACGAAGCUGGGCCCGAAUUUGGAUUGGAAAGAAGAGUUGCUAUCAUCUCUUUUACUUUUAUGUACAACUUUGGUCAAGCCAUUGGGGGCUGCCUGAUUCCCCCACUGUCGGAGCUCCUGGGUCGUCGAACACCCUACCUCAUCUCGUGUGCCACGUUCAGCAUUUUCUGCCUUUUUGUGGGAAUAGUGCCACAUGUCUCCGCCGUGUGGAUUGGCCGCUUUGUCGCCGGUUUUGCUUCCGCGGUGCCAGCAGUUGUCACGGCCGGUAGCGUUGAGGACAUCUUUAACACCAAACGACGGGUCUGGAUAGUCAUCCUAUGGAAUGCUGGUUCCACGGCAGGCCUUUGCUUCGGUCCAGUGUAUGCAGCACACAUUUCUUCCGCCUUUGGCUGGAGAUGGGUCUACUAUAGCUCUGCGUUUGUGUGUGCGGCAAUAUUCAUAUGUCUUCUUACCAUCCGUGAGAGCAGGCCGAGCAAGUUGCUGAAGACCAAAAUAUCAAAACUUCGAGAGCAAGGUAAGAUCGAAAAUCUCGAGUGGAAUAAUCCGGAUCACUUCCCUAAUGUAAAGGUUUUCCUGGACUUGGUCGCCGUCCGGCCGGUGCGGCUCCUAGGAAGCGAACCCUUGGUUAUGAUGGUCACGACCGUCUUCGCAGUCUCCUGGGGAAUGAUCUAUUUCUUCACCGAGGCUCUUACAGAUGUAUACAUGUCGAUGGGCUGGUCUCGGACUCAAGCAUCUUUGCCAUUCCUGGCGAUUGCCUCCGGGAUCCCCUUGACCUUUUUGCCAAGGAUCUGGGAUAUGAAGAUUGUCAAGUCGCGACAGAGUAAACAGCAAGUCGUAGAGCCUGAGGACAAGAUCAUGGGGUUUUCUUGGGCUGCUCCAGCUCUUGCGGGUGGACUUAUUUGGUUCGCUUGGACGGUGCCACCAAUCGUCCAUGUUGUAUGGAUAGUUCCAACACUGGCAUUGGUGCCUAUUGGAUUUGCGGUAAACGAAAUGGCGUACACACUCAGCGGCUACUUAGCUGACUCUUACCUAUUAUACUCGGCUUCUGCAUUUUGCGGUCUGGCCUUUGUGCGGGCCAUCGUAUCUGGGCUGAUGCCCUUAAUCGCAUAUGAAUUAUACGGUGGGCUUGGCGCGAACUUUUCUGGCACCGUUGUUGCAGGCCUGUCGGUGCUGUUUUGUGCGACACCAUGGGUUUUCUUCCGGUACAGCAAGCAGCUCAGGGAGCGGAGCCCUUUCGCUUGCCAUAGCCUGCAAACCCAUUUGCGAACACAGAUAGAGAGGGACUAGAGUCACAGAUAUGAUAGAAAAUAGAUCAGAUUUUGAGGUUAGAAUAGGAACGGGAAAACGAUGAAAAAAGAAA